AAGAGUGAGCGAACGGGCGACUGAGUGAGUGAGUGAGAGAGAGAGAGAGAGAGAGAGAGAGAGCGAGCGAGAGAGAGAGAGAGAGAGAGAGCGAACGGAUGUACGAGUGCACACCCGGAGCCACAGACUUGCAAUUCUCCACACUUUGACCAGCUGCUUUGCGAGCAACACGUCAGUCCUCCACUCACAGGGAUUCAGAGCGGAGAGAGAGAGAGAGAGAGAGAGAGAGAGAGAGAGAGAGAGAGGGGGAAGUUCACAGUGGGCUGAUUUCCCUCCGUGUCCGAUUCUGGCUGUCUGUACAGAGAGACCUGUGAGAGAGACUAAGAGAGAGAUCAGUCAAUGUAAGGGUGACCACUUCUUCCUGGUGUGGACACAAUGGACCGAGGCUUCUUCCGGAAGGUGGAUGUCCCGGACCAUUGGCACUACAUCGUGGCAUUCUUUGUGGUGGUAAUCGGUGCUUUGGGCGUCGUGGGUAAUGCUCUGGUUAUCUAUGCCUUCUUCAGUAACAAAAAGUUGUGGACGCCACCAAACUACUUCAUCAUGAGUCUGGCUGUGGCCGAUUUCCUCAUGGCCAUCACUCAGUCACCCAUAUUCUUCAUCAACUCCCUCUACAAGGAGUGGGUGUUUGGUGAAACUGGCUGUAAGAUAUAUGCCUUCUGUGGGGCCUUGUUCGGGAUUGCCUCCAUGAUCAACCUGUUGGCCAUUUCCAUCGACCGCUACAUUGUGAUAACCAAGCCCUUUCAGGCUAUAGUGUGGACAUCCAAACGCCGCACUCUGCUCAUCAUUCUCGUGGUGUGGCUUUACUCACUAGCCUGGAGCCUGGCUCCUCUGCUAGGAUGGAGCUCCUACAUCCCAGAGGGCCUGAUGACCUCCUGCACAUGGGACUACGUCACCUCCACGCCCUCCAACAAGAGCUACACCCUCAUGCUCUGCUGUUUCGUCUUCUUCAUCCCGCUGGGGAUCAUACUCUACUGCUACCUCUUCAUGUUCCUGGCCAUCCGCAGCACUGGCAGAGAUCUCGAGAGGCUGGGCAGUCAGGGAAGGAAGUCCACCCUGAUUCAGCAGCAGUCCAUAAAGACGGAGUGGAAGCUGGCCAAGAUUGCCUUCAUCGUCAUCAUCGUGUUUGUGCUGUCCUGGUCUCCGUACGCCACUGUGACGUUAAUCGCCUGGGCCGGGUAUGGCAGCUACCUCACACCAUACUCAAAGGCAGUGCCCGCGGUUAUAGCAAAAGCCUCCGCUAUAUACAACCCAUUCAUCUAUGCCAUCAUCCACUCCAAAUACAGGGACACUCUGGCGGCGAACGUGCCGUGCCUGAGCUUCCUGUCCCAGCCCCCUCGAAAGGACUGCAUCUCCGUGUCCAACAGCGAGUGUUCCUUCAGGGAGUCCAUGCUCAGCAGAACGUCGUCUGGGUCCAAGAACAAGUUCUACAGGAUUUCCUCCAUGUCUACGGGAGACACAGUAUGGAGUGAUGUUGAGCUGGAUCCCAUGGAUCAGUUGUCACGGGGAUCGCGAUCCACCUGUAUGAUGAGGGAGAGAGACCGAAACCAAGUUCAUCUGCCGGGGAAGGCGAAGGGCUCUGCCAAAGAGGGGAAGGCCAAAAUCCCAGAGAGAAAAUCACUGAUCAGCUCCUCCCACGACCCGGUGCCUAUGUCUGUCAGCACCGCCACUGCCCCGCUCCCGCUCCCGCUCCCCGUGGCCAGACAUGGCGGGGGUGAAGAUGAGGAUGCCGAGGAUCCUAAAGAAAAGCAGUGCAAAGACACUACCAGCCCUGCAGCUCCUCCUAACACAGGCCUAUUCUUCUAUGAGAACGGCGGGAGGCGGUUGUCCCCGGUGUCCCCAUCAGUCCAACAGCAGGGGGUGGCUAAGGACCGUCUGGCUGAGCAGACAAGUACUCAGGGAAAUGAGGACGACGUGCUUGUGGACCUGCAGAGGGUGAACUGCUCUGGUGUACUGCCGGACUCCGCAGAGAAACUCCUAUGCUGAGCACGUAUGUGGACACAGUUACAAAUAGGGAGCAGAUUCCAGACUCUCUUGUGGGAAACCCCUUCAGGACUUAUGGAGGCCACAUCUCUGGCAUGACUGUUCAAUGGCCCUCUCUUUAGGUGCAGGAAUAUGAACUAUUUCAGGAUGUUUGCAUAACUGUCCUAAAUGGUAUUUAUACAAUACUUUGCCCUCCUCCCAUCGCUUGUGAUGUCCACAUGGUUUGUUAGCUAAUCCGGUGCCAAUCCGGUCCAGUGACUGAGGCAAGCCCAGGAAACAUCUCACCAAACCCUGCGUGGUGUUCGCUAUGGAUCACCAACAUGUCAAAUGCUUAGGAGUGACAGCACAGGACAACACUGGAGUAGUAAUCUGGAAGGCUAGGUCUCAGAAAAAAUGACCAUCUUCUUAAAUCACACACACACUCUCUCUCUCUCUCACACACACAAUGUGUACAAACACAAGCGUACACAAAACAUCUUUUCUUUUUUUAAAGGAAGUCUAUUUGUCAUCCUGCCAUAAUUUACAGUGUACUGUUCCUACAUUUGUUCCCUGUGGUAAUGGCAAGUCAUCCAGGGUCAAUUCUUCGUCUAUCGUUUUUCUUUUCAAGUGCAGUACCAGCACUAUAGUUCAGUGAUGUUGAUUGUAAGGUUAGAUGACGUUGUCAUGUAAUAGAUAAUGCAUAAUGGUGCAAAUUUACUUUUAUCUGUUGAUAAGCUUCCAAGUCAAGGACAUGCCAGUAUUUAUGUAACUAAACCUUUAAAUGAGUUGCCAUUUCGUGUGUGUAUGUGUGUGUGUGUGUGUGUGUGUGUGUGUGUGUGU